AUGACAUGCCCUCACUGUGGCCUUACUCUUCGUACCAAAAACUACAAGGCUCACAUGAUGAGGAGGCACUCCAACCGAUCAAUCGAUGUUUCCCUGGCCAGUCAUCUGCAGUGUGUUUGUGUAGAUGAAACUACAGGGUUAUUUGCUGUGCAGAGAACUGCCCAUGGGUUUUCUGUGCCAGUUCACGUUCAGAGGAAAACAUGGGGGAUGUCUCACAAUAUCAGAUGUGAGCUGGAGGAAAGUCAGCAAUACCAGUUGCUGGCCCAGCGGAGCGGACUAGGCUUCAGUUUAUGUGAGCACCUUUGCUCACUAGAUUACUGCCGAGAAACUGUAAAGGAGGUUUUUCUUCAAGAGCACAUCGUGAUGGAAAUGGUGGACCUUAAAUUUUUUGGAGAGGCCAAAGCUGCUACAUGCAUAAAGAGACAGAAAGCUGCCCAGAUGGCACAUGCUCCACUUUGUGUGAGGGUGGAUUUUGGUGGAUCCUCAACACAGAUCUGUUUGUCUGUAUUUGAGCCGGAAAUACACAGUUUCCGCCGUCUUGUCAGAAUAUUUGUGACUUACAAUGCUCUGAGGAACACCUGGCAUUGUGCUUGUGCAAAGCCACGAUUAUCAUGUCCUCAUAAAAACAUAGCUAAAUGGCAUCUCUUCCAGACACAGAGAGACAUCUUCAAAUCAACUGUACCACUAUCAUCAGGCACCCCAUCACAGAUCACUCAGGAGAGUUCUUCCUUCGAGGACAAUGCUGCCGUUGAAAGGAAAAAUGGAUCAUCAGAAACAGUCUUUCCAUGUGAAACGUUGUGCCAGGUGUGCCCAGAGCACCCAAAACUUGAUGAGGCUGUUCUAGUUACCAAUAAAGCGAGGAUUGUCAGCAUGAUGGGAGUGAUUGAGAAUGUUUCAACACACCAUAGAUCGUGUCCUCAGUGCCACAUGGUCUACAGAUACCAGGAGUGGACAGAUGGGCUUCACAACUUUGACAACCACGUUGUUUUGGCUCUUGAACUCUGCCUUUUUUUGAGAGAAAAUCUGCAGAACCAUGUAUCGGCUUCAAGGGUCAUUGACUCAUUGGAGGGCUUAAGAAGAGUGAAGUUUCCUUCUAGGGAUACCAUUUUUCAUGCUUAUUGCCAUUUUGAGGCUUUGACUGACACAGACUACAUGUACUCCUGCAUAAACUGUGGGUUUCACCCCCCUGUGGUAGUUAUGGACUUACACAGAAAAGGGGUGUUCAAGUUAGCAGUGAGUGACCUCAAAGCCCCGGAAGACUUCAAUGGUGAACAUGACAUUGAAGGUUUUUGGAACUCUAUUCACCUGGAAAUGAUAAAAUUGGGAGAUUUUAACAUAAGCCGUGGGUUUUUUCCAAGCGGCGUGAAGAAUCCAUUUUCAGUUCCACCAAGUUGCACGAACUGGGCACCAUGGAUCGGGAGUGAAACUCGAACAAGUGACAUUGUGCUUAACACAGAGUUUCAAAAAGUAGGAACAAGCUCUUCACAUGAAGCAAAGCUUAGCAGUGUCACAGAAGACCGUCUGUUGGAUGAACUCGCCAAACAAAAGGUUGGAGUGGUAAGAAAAUUGUGUAAAGCAUGCAACAUCGACUCCAAAGGCUCCCGCUUUGAUCUCAUCACCAGACUGAAGGAGAAGAUGAAGAGCAGGCAGACAUAUGAUAAGGUCUUUCAAAGCAUAUGGGGGGCCUCUGGAGGAUGGUCUGUAAUACUAUGUCCACAUGGCAUUGUAUACAGUGUUAAAUUUAAUCUCCGUGCUGAAAGUCCCCGGGAUUUUGCUGACCUUCUCCUGUCCUGGAAGCACAUGCCAAAUGUCUGUGUUUACGAUUUUGCGAGGGGUUUGGCGGCACACACCAAUUUGCGGGUUCCCGAUAAACUGCCAUUUCAUCCACAUGAAGGUCGACUGGCUGAGCCCACUGAGGAAAAUGUCAAGGCUGCACAGGAUGGAAGCCUGAAAGUGAAUCUUCCAUGGCUACAUGAAAGGAUGGAUAGUGUAAAUAAAAAUCCUCAUCCUGUCACUGGAUCAUCUGACCAUUAUGUCCCCUAUGACAGAUUUCAUGAGGGAAAUACAAAAGAUCCCAAGGACAUAUUACGCAGAAUUCAACUUGUCCCAGAGCUGAAAGGCCGGCUGAGCAGUCAAGUUGUUGAACAGUUCUUUGCAAACAUGAGGAAAAGCAAUUACUUUUUAAGUAAUAUGAGUCCAUCCACACAUGUGUUUCUGAUGAGAAAUAUAACUCAUCAUUAUAACACUGUCACCAACAAGAAACUUCUGGAGAGGCAGCUAAGACAUGGUCGACUUGGAAAGAUCAAUAUCUCAUUGUCGGCACUGGGUCAAGCUGUCGUAGCCCCACAGGUGUGCAAUAAACCCAGAGAAACCACAGAAACGGUGUUGAACCAGCACCUUCAAUGUCUGGUGACACUGAACCUCAGGUAAGAGUUGACAACAAGAAAGCCAAUAGAAGGUCAACAGAUGCAACUUUUCCUGACCUGUGUGGACCACCGUGCGAAGCUCUGACAAAGCCUGAGAACAUUUUGGCCAGCCGUUCAUCCUGGUGUUUUGUACCGCACCCUGGCCAACAACAGCUUCUCAACUAUGUUCUGGACAUCAGCAGACCCAAAGAUGAGCUGAUUGUUGAAACGUCUUCUGGAUGCCUCACGCGGGCAGAUUUUUGGACACUGGGUUUAAACAAACAAAUGGAA